GAAGAAGAGGAGAAAGGGGGCGGGGCUAAGAGCAGCAGCAGGAUGGAUGACGCUUCAAAGCUGCGGCUGGUUUCCGGACUCAUUCGAAGUUUUGAGGAUUUUCCGACUAAAGGUGUUGUGUUCAGAGAUAUUUCUCCUGUUCUGAGAGACCCGGCAGCCCUGACAGCAGUGAUUGACCUGUUUGAAGAACAUGUGAAGAAAAAGCACAAGCAGGUGGAUCUCAUCGUGGGUAUUGAUGCCCGUGGGUUCCUCUUUGGACCUCUGCUUGCUCAGCGACUCAAUGUUGGCUUUGCCCCGGUCAGGAAGAAAGGCAAACUUCCCGGGCCGACAGUUUCAGUGGCAUACAGUUUGGAAUAUGGCAAGGCGGAGGCUGAGAUCCAGGCAGACGCUGUGACACCAGGACAGAAGGUUCUACUCAUUGAUGACCUUCUGGCGACUGGAGGAACGCUGUAUGCAGCCUGUGAACUGAUGAAGCAGCAGCAGGCGGAGGUCCUCGGCUGUCUCGUGGUCAUUGAGCUCACAGACUUGCACGGUGUCGACAAACUGAAAGGACACAACGUUGUGUCUCUUCUUCAGUACUGAGUGCCGCUGGCUGUCGGACUCCAGGUUCCACGUUUCAGUCAGCGCUUCAGUUUCCCUGCAGACGUGCUUCAAGGGUCCGUGUGGGACCAGGACGCGACGGCGUUCACACACAGGAUCCACUCUCACGGUUCAUUCAUGUGCACAAAUUAAUUAUUUUUCUUCAUUAUGAACGUGUGAGAUUUUCUGUUCUUUUUCCCUGGAUUACUCUGGAAGUGGUUUGAGCAUCUGUGGGAGUCUGAACUGGAACUGGUGGGUCAACAGGUUGAAGGAGCGCAUGGUCCCGCCUUUGUAGCCAGAAUUGUUUUUUUUUUUUUUUUUCUUUUCUAUUAAAUGUGUGUUCUCGGCAGCACUGAGGAUUAAACGUGUGUCUCGUUGCCGACCCUCUUGGAGACGAGGCGUCUCUUUGGGACCAGACAGCUGAAGUUAACUUCCACCUCCUCUGUCUUCAGAUGUACCGUUGAGUUCUGUUGUGUUCAAUACAUUAUAAAUUCAAAUAUUAAACAAAGUGUGCUGGA